UAAGUUCUUGGGGAACUAACCAUGAUUCCUAGCAACCUGCUACAUGUGCAAGCUAAGGACCCAUGUCGCCCUAGAUAUCUGUCUGGUACUCGUAGCAGCAGCACCUCUAAGAGGCCACGCGAGACUGCUUAUAACCACGCUACUCCCACUUGCGAGGCCCACACCUCCCUCAUACCUUCCACCAGACCGGAGAGUCGAUAGAACCGUUG